AUGAGCAAUUUAUGGAUAUGGUUUUUAUUUUAUUUUUUUUAUUUUAAUUGUUUAAAGGUUCUCGAUAUUGUAAAUGACCAUCUUCGAUUAGAUUGGCCAAGGAGAUACAAAAAACAUUUAAUUCGUAAAUUAUGGCCAAAUUAUAAAGAUGGUUUAAAAUUGAAAGAAUCAGAAAAAAGAAGUAUUUGGACAUUAAUACAACAAAAUGAAUAUAUUAAUCAAGCAGUUCUUCAAAUGAGUAGAGUUACACCAAAAAUUUUAGGGGUGUGUGGACAUUCUUAUCAAUCUGAACAGCUUAUUCCUUUUCGAAUGAAGCCUUAUUAUUUAAAUUUAAAAGCAAAAAUUUUAGUUCAUUUAAUGGGAACUUUAAAACUUUUUUAUGAAUUUUUGAAUGAACCGUUACAAUGGUGUGAUGUUAAAUUUGAGAAUUUGGGAUUGUCUGCUUCAUAUCCAAAAAGAUUUGUAAUGAUGGAUAAUGAUAUGUUAUAUACAGAAACUAAAUUAACUGAAAUAUUAACUAGUCAAAGUUGUUUAAAUGACUCUGAUUGUGGACUUUUUGAUUGUGAAAGUCGUUGUAAUAUAGAAAGCGGUAAAUAUUUUGUUAUUAAAGAAAAUAAUAAAAAAAAUUUAGGAUUCUGUUCGGCAAGAACCAACGACAACGUUGAUGUUUUUAAUUUUUUAGACUUUUUUAAAAAAUAUAUAUUUUUAAAGGUUUUUUGUAAAAAAUUGGUUAAUCAGCAACUUUUUGGGACUUUUUGGUCAAAAUCAAAUAAAUAUUUAGCUGCAUGCCAUCAAGAUCCAGUAAAUGCUUCUCAAAGGCUUAAUGAACUUCGGUUAGUUUGGAGUUGGACUCUUUCAGAUGUUUGA